AUGUCAUCAGUCAAGAACAACAUCCUCAAAAGCAUCUGGGAGGGAGAAUGUUGCAUAUCUGUUAUUCCCUGUUUACUUCUUGGCUGUUUGUAUGUGGGGAGUACAUUCUUUAGGGAUCACUCAAACAAAAUAAAGAAGCGUUUAUCCAGUGUUCUGUGUGUGUCAGCUGUUUCUCCACUAGUUGUUUGGGCAUGGACACAUUCAAUGAAAGACAGGCCAAGACCACCCUUUUUGGCACUACAGGGCUUUUGUCUAGAGGGCUUUGUGCCUUCCGCUCUGCUGCCACUAACCCUUAAAAUGGUGCAUUUUCUUGGACCUCUGACUCAGUCAGCAACUGACAGCCCAAGACGAUACUUCCAGGAUGUUAAAGCAGGGUUUAGUGAUUCUCAGUUUUGGAGCAAGUGUGUGAAAGAUUUGCAGUGGCUGAGGAACCAAGUGUUGGCCCCACUGACAGAGGAGUUUGUAUUUCGAGCUUGCAUGAUUCCUAUGUUGGUGCAAUUCACUGGUCCAACUGUUGCAAUCAUAAUCAGUCCGCUCUUCUUUGGCAUGGGUCAUUUGGUGGGGCCCGUGUUGUGCCACUUAUUUUGCAACUGUACAGGUUUUCUGUAUUUGCAACACCCGCAGAGGCCUAUGAUCCUGUUCUCCUGCCAGCUGGGUGUUCUGCUCUUCACCAUCCUCCUCUUCCCUUUCACAUAUCCAGCUAUCUAUGGAAUGACUCCCAGCUGUAGUCUACUGCUUACUUGUUCUGGAGAGAAAUUCAAGAUUGAGACAGACUCAGGUGGAGUGGGCCUUCUGUAA